AUGGACGCUGUCGAAUUGCCGUUACCACUUGACGUGGCACCCGCGCCCAAAUUGAUGGGAUCCGAGGGUUUCUCGCUAAUUCAAAACGAUGUUGCAAGUAUUAAAACAGCAGCUGAGUUUCCCUCCUGCAAUGAAUUUGUAGAAACUAAACUCUCUAAGAAUUCUAGUCAGCUGUCCCAUCUCAAGGGUGAAGAGGCAUCCAAAAAUUCGUCUAGUGGUAAUGGAAAAAAUUGUUCUGUAAUUAAUUCCAGAUUGGAAGGUGUAACGUUACAAAGAAAAACUGCAAAAUCAAGCAGGAGCAAUAGUUCAUGUUCAAAGAGGACACGGAUAUCCCAGCCAGAAUAUUCUUUGAAUCCUAUUGGAAUUGAGGAGUCAAAGGAUAUUUCUGAUAAACUUGGGUCAAAUAAUUUAAACUGUACUUCUCCAGAAAAAAGUCAAUUACCAAAGCAAAAAAACAAUGCUAGCAAACGUGGUGAGAAGAGGAAUUUUAAAAUGCCUUCUGCGAAGGCUAAAUUUGAGUCAUCCUCUAUGAAGAUGGGUACAUCAAUAUUCAGUUCUACUGGUGGGGGGAACAGCUUUUUUGGGCUAUAUGGUCUGAAACAUGAUUUUCAUGAUCUCACAAAGCUUAUGGAUGAACCACCGUUAGAUGAGCUCCUUAGGGGGACUUUUGACUGCCCCAUUUUAAGCAAAGAUAAAGGUAAGAAAACAUCAAAUAUGAGUGUAAGUUUUUUUAGUUCAAUUAGAAAGGCGUGCUCUAUCCUUCAGCUCCCGAAACCUGUUCAGUCCCAAAAUAUAUCUGAGAUGGAUUACUCCUCCAACAUGAAAAUGUCCGCAUGCCAAUUGAGCUCAGUUUGUUCAGCAGAAAGUGUUGGUAAUGGAGAUAAAGGGCAUUCAUUAGAUAUGUCUUCAUUUCAGAAGGAUCAUUGUAGGCAAACAGAAAGUUCAACUAGUCCGCUUGACUUUCCAUUACAUCAACCUAAGGAUGUUUUGGAACGACUUGCACUCCAUCCAUUCCAGGACUUGGAGUCUUUGCUUCUUGAUGUGUCCAAGCCUGGUGCUACCACAAAGAAUAGUAAUGACCAACGUUCAGGCAAGCAGGUGUCUCGUCGGCUUAGCCUUCCAGCCUUUCCAUGGUCACAUGCUUUUGGUGGCCAUUCUAGAACCAAUUCUGACGCAGUUAAGUUAUCAGCAAGUAAAAGCAUGUGCCAAGGUAAAUGGUCGAGGAUAGGUGUCAUUUCCGGCUCUGCAGAUACUGAUCGUAGUUCCUUCACAAACCUUGAUUCAUUCAGUUAUGAUCAGAACCUUGUUCCUUCAUCUGGUAGUUCAGAAAAAAGGAAUUUCUCAUCUUUAUUUGCUAAUCUUCCUUUCCAUCAGUUGGAUUCUUCAUCUUCUGUAUCUUGUUCAGAAGACUCUCAGGCUAAAGCAGAAUUUGGAGGCCAAGUUGAUACAAAAGAAAACGUGGAGCAAGUAAUCCUGCUUAACAUAGUUUUUUUGACAGAUGAGCGUUGUCCAAAAAUAUUAACUGCUGCACAAACUCUCUGUGAAAUUGCAACUCACUCACAAAGGCAGAGUUCGGAUGGAAUUUUAAGAUGGCAAAGGAAAACUUCACAAAAAGCCAUGAAAGCUUGCCACUAUAAAUCAAAUGAGAAACUCGAAGAGAUGUCUUCAAGAUCAAUUUCACUGAUUGGAUCUGACAUGUUGGCCAGAAGUGUGGAGCAGAUAAUACCCUCAAAGAAGCCAAGGUUUUCCGUAGUCGAGAACAAGAACAGUGCUCAUUCCAAUAAUGCUAAGAAAGGACACUUUGUAUGGCCUAUUUCUAAGUCAAGUAGAUCAUUACCUUGUAAACAAGUUAGAGACUCGUUUGUGGAAAACAAACGUACAAAUGCCAGCAUCUUGAAGCAACAUUGUAUGAUGCCUCCGCCUGCAAGGGAUUUAAAUAAGGUUCAUGAUGGGCAGCAGCAGGUUGGAAAAUUAGUAGUAAUGGAUUGGAAAAGGGGUAGAGACAGCACAGAUUGA